AUGAUUGGCGUUGAGAAGAAAGACGACGGCGACCGUUCGACCGUUUCAAUGGACCAAACGUUCACAGGCACCAUACGCAUAAAGCUCUGUGAGGCCUCUGGCUUGCGGCCCACUGACCUGCAGACACGUCUCAAGAACAUGUCAUUUCUAAAACCUGAGGACCCGUUGCUGGACGCAUACGUCAGCAUCGAUGUCGACGACAACAUACUGCUCCGGUCGUCCACUGUGCCCAAAACCUAUGAUCCUGUCUGGAACGAGUAUUUCACCCAAGAUGUUCAUGACGCCAACCGACUGGGCUUGACAGUGUUCCACGAUGCUGUCAUUGAAGACUUGUUUGUAGCCAAUUGUAAGCUGUCAUUCAGUGAACUCAUUCAACGUGAAAUAUCAGAGGAUCAAGAAUUCUGGGUGCAUUUAGAACCGCAAGGAAAAUUGCAUCUACGAAUAGAUCUGAAAUGGAAUUCAAAAGAUUUACCAGUUCGCCCAUUGGAAUUCAAAGAACGACAAGGCCUAUUGAACCGAAGACGUGGAGCCAUGAGGAGACGAGUUCAUCAAGUGAAUGGACAUAAGUUUAUGGCGACAUUCCUCAGGCAACCAACGUUUUGUUCACAUUGCAGAAAUUUCAUAUGGGGAUUUGGCAAACAAGGAUAUCAAUGUCAAGUUUGCACGUGUGUGGUCCAUAAACGGUGUCAUAUGGAAGUGGUGACGAUCUGUCCAGGAUUCGGGAUGAAAGAGUUGAGUCAAGGAACCCAAUCUCAACGGUUCAGUGUCAAUGUUCCUCAUAGAUUCAAACCACACACUUAUAAGAUAUUUACAUUUUGUGAUCAUUGUGGUUCGCUACUUUACGGAAUCUAUAGACAAGGACUACAAUGUGAAGUAUGUACUCUAAAUGUGCACAGGAGAUGUGUGAAAAACGUCGCCAAUAACUGUGGCAUUAAUCCUCGCGAAAUGGCAGAUACAUUACGAAGCUGUGGUUUAAAUGUCAGCAAAAAUGUUGACUGGCCUGGUGGAAAUGGUAGUUUUAGCAUCAGCAGUGUUACAGGAAGUGGAAGUGGUUUGCACCGUGAUUUCAGUCAACAAUCUUCCAAUACCUUAUUGAGCAUAAUAUCUGAUAAGCAUUCCUCACAUGACAAACGAAGUAACGACAAAAUGUCCAAAAUGAACCAAAGCAUGAGCUGUUUUAACUUAGGUAAUCGAAAAAUGAGUGUAACAGAUUUUACUUUCAUAAAAGUGUUGGGCAAAGGAAGUUUUGGCAAAGUGAUGUUGGCUGAAAAACGAGGAACUGAUGAAGUUUACGCUGUCAAAGUAUUGAAAAAAGACGUGAUUGUGCAGGACGACGACGUUGAUUGCACUAUGACUGAGAAACGUAUUUUAGCGCUCGCUGCUAAACAUCCGUUUUUAACGGCUUUACAUUCUUCUUUUCAGACCAAGGAUCGGUUAUUUUUUGUCAUGGAAUAUGUGAACGGUGGCGAUCUGAUGUUUCAAAUACAAAGGGCUAGGAAGUUCGACGAGCUACGUGCCAGAUUUUACGCAGCAGAAGUGACGCUUGCUUUGCAGUUUCUACAUCGGCACGGUGUAGUUUAUAGAGAUUUGAAGUUAGACAACAUAUUAUUGGACAAUGAAGGCCACUGUAAACUUGCUGAUUUUGGAAUGUGCAAAGAAGGAAUAAGUGACGGAGUAACUACUACCACAUUUUGUGGAACCCCUGAUUACAUAGCUCCUGAAAUUCUUCAAGAAUUAAAUUAUGGCGCAAGUGUCGACUGGUGGGCCUUGGGUGUUCUUAUGUAUGAAAUGAUGGCUGGCCAACCACCAUUUGAAGCUGACAACGAAGAUGAUCUUUUUGAAUCUAUUUUGCACGACGAUGUUCUUUAUCCGGUCUGGCUCAGUAAAGAAGCAGUUUCCAUUUUAAAAGGGUUCAUGACAAAAAACCGUAACAAGCGUCUUGGCUGUGUGGUGGCUGAUGGCUUAGAAUCAGCUAUAAGAAACCAUUCAUUUUUUCGAGAUUUGGAUUGGGACGCCUUAGAAAACCGUCGUGUCAAACCACCUUUCAAACCAAAAAUUAAAAAUAAAAAAGACGCGAUGAACUUCGAUGCUGAGUUCACUAAGGAAGAACCAGUAUUGACACCUGUGCCCGUGGAUGUAACUUUAUCUAUUAACCAAGAAGAAUUUCAAGGGUUCUCAUUCGUCAAUUUUGACUUCAAUCCAAGCAAAUUCAUCUCUUCUCAAUCUUCAGAUUCUUCUAAAUAA